GUCUUUUCUAAUAACUGAGGCGAUAAAUAAGCAUACAUCUCCGUCUGCCCGUUAGCUAACCCAGGACGUUUGCGUGCGCUGAAAUACAUUGUUUUGCCGUUGCUAGGCCCCUUGAUCAACGUUACUGAGCACCCCCUUUGAUCCACUUGCAAGCUAGCUAACUUUAAAAGUACAGUAUAGGAAGGAUCUUUUUUUUUUCAGUUUAAUAUCCGAGCGUAACUCUGUUAUUAUUGUCAUCAUUUCUACUGUGUCUGAAGGUUAACCAACGUCUGCGAUAUAUCGCUAUCUGGGUAUUAGUCAAUUAUCUAGACGGUUAACUUUAGCACGACGCUAACAAGCUAGUUGAUAGAACUAUCCCUACCUAUGCAAGCGUUAGCUACGUUAUUGUGUAUGUUUACUCCUGCGUUAGCUAGCAGCCUGAUUCGUCUGAGACCGUAACGACACCGAGCGAUGUUAUCAAUAGGACAUGUUAUGGAUUCAUGAAAUCAGCAGGCAAGAUGAACGUCUCGCUUAUUAGAUGAAGCACUGAUGCUGGCAGUAUCAUCACUGUGAAAACAAUCACAACAUACUUGAAGCACCAAACAGCAGCAAGCCAGCCGGCCUUUCUGCUUUUGCAUCUUAAUCACCUUCAUCAUGUCCAAAAGCAAGAGCGCUGAGACGGUGAAGGUGGUGGUCCGCUGCCGGCCCAUGAACGAGAAGGAGCGCGCAGCCAACUACGAGAGGGUGGUGACGGUGGACGUCAAACUGGGCCAGGUGGCAGUCAGGAACCCCCGAGGGUCCUCUCCCCAUGAGCACCCCAAGGUCUUCACCUUUGACUCGGUCUACGACUGGAACUCAAAGCAGGUGGACCUCUAUGACGAGACCUUCAGGCCGCUUGUGGACUCUGUGCUCUUGGGCUUUAAUGGCACCAUCUUUGCAUACGGCCAGACCGGUACCGGGAAGACAUAUACCAUGGAGGGUGUUCGCAAUGACCCUGAGAGGAGAGGCGUAAUCCCCAACUCGUUCGAGCACAUCUUCACGCACAUCUCACGCUCGCAGAACCAGCAGUACUUGGUGCGGGCCUCCUACCUGGAGAUCUACCAGGAGGAGAUCCGCGACCUGCUGUCCAAGGACCAGUCCAGGCGGCUGGAGCUGAAGGAGCGGCCCGACACAGGCGUUUACGUCAAGGACCUCUCUUCCUUUGUUACCAAGAGUGUGCGGGAGAUUGAGCAUGUGAUGAACGUGGGCAACCAGAACCGCUCGGUGGGCUCCACCAACAUGAACGAGCACAGCUCGCGCUCGCACGCUAUCUUCGUCAUCACCAUCGAGUGCAGCGAGACGGGUCUGGACGAAGAAUGCCACAUCCGCGUGGGCAAGCUCAACCUGGUAGACCUGGCCGGCAGUGAGCGCCAGGCCAAGACCGGGGCCCAGGGUGAGCGGCUGAAGGAGGCCACCAAGAUCAACUUAUCCCUCUCCGCCCUCGGCAAUGUCAUAUCUGCCCUGGUGGACGGCAGGAGUACGCACAUCCCGUACCGUGACUCCAAGCUCACGCGUCUGCUGCAGGACUCGCUGGGCGGCAACGCACGCACCGUCAUGGUGGCCAACAUCGGGCCGGCCUCCUACAACGUGGAGGAGACGCUGACCACACUGCGCUACUCCAACCGUGCCAAGAACAUUAAGAACAAGCCGCGCAUUAACGAGGAUCCCAAGGACGCGCUGUUGCGCGAGUUCCAGGAGGAGAUUGCCCGGCUCAAGGCGCAGCUAGAGAAAAAGUCCGGCCGGCGGAAGAAGAAACGCAGGCGCAGAAGGGGAGGAGAGGCCGGGGAUGAUGGUGCAGACGAUGGAGAGGAGGACGAGGAUGAAGAAGAGGAGGAGGACCCCGUGCCGGUAGGGGACAAGACGGACUACUGGCGCGUGCAGCAGGAGAAGCUGGAGAAGGAGAAGAAUGCCAUCUUGGAGGACCACAGCCUGGUCGCUGAGGACAAGCUGAGGCUGCUCAAGGAGAAGGAGAGGAAGAUGGACGACCUGCGCCGAGAGAAGGAGGCCAGCGAGCUGCUCUCUUCCAAAAUUAAGGCUAUGGAGAGCAAACUGCUGGUUGGAGGAAAGAACAUUGUUGACCACACCAAUGAGCAGCAAAAGAUUAUUGAACUGAAACGAAAGGAGAUAGCAGAACAGAAACGGCGAGAGCGUGAGAUGCAGCAGCAGGUGGAGUGCCAGGAUGAGGAAACAUUGGAGCUGAAGGAGACCUACAGCUCACUCCAGCAGGAAGUGGACAUCAAGACUAAGAAACUGAAAAAGCUCUUUGCCAAGCUGCAGGCAGUGAAGUCAGAGAUCCAGGAUAUCCAGGACUCGCACAUUAAAGAGAGGCAGGACCUGGAGCAGACCCAGAACGAGCUCACCAGGGAGCUCAAACUCAAGACUCUGAUUAUGGAGAACUUCAUCCCCUUGGAGGAGAAGAGCAAGAUCGAGAACAGGGCCUUCUUCGACGAGGAGGACGACUGCUGGAAGCUACGGCCUAUCACUCGGAUAGAGAAUGAUCAGAAGAUGAUGACGAGGCCUGUGUCUGCAGUGGGUUACCGGAGACCACUGAGUCAACAUGCUCGUCUGGCCAUGAUGAUGCGGCCAGAUGUUAGAUUCAGGGCUGAGAAUAUCCUGCUGCUGGAGCUGGACAUGCCCGGCCGGACCACCAAGGAGUACGAAGAGCCCGUCAUUGCACCCAAGGUGGCGGCGGCGCUGGAGGAUGCGCUGCGCGAUGAAGACGAGAUCCAGGUCGAUGCCAGACUGUACAGUGCCGGCAGCCUCGGCGUCGGCCUCGGCAUCGGCAUCGGCCUCAGCGCCAGCAGCGGCAGCCUCGGGGCCAUCAGCCCCGGAUCAGGCACCUCCGCAGGAGGCUCCACCAAAAAGCCCAAAUCAGGCCGUCCGAAAACCGGCAAGAAAGUGAGCACCCCCACGUCUGCACACAGCCCCUCUGCGAUGGGUCAUUCCCUGUACCCACAGUCCCGCGGGCUUGUGCCAAAGUGACCGCCACCCCCUGUCCCUCCCUGCCACCACCCCUCAACCCAUUACCCUAGCCUGUCAUUGGAUGCUGGACAAUAAGGAAUGAUCAUCUAGUUCUACCAACGACCCUCCCCCUGCCUCCCAACACACCUCAACCCCUUCCAGUUCAGGAAAGAAGGACAAGACUCCUCCAUUUCACCUGUUGACCAACUACAUUUCAGGAGCCUGAAACCCUCAUUGUGCAACCAACAAUACAUUAACCCACAGACCUCCCUGAGUUCUACACUACCACGUGCCCACAGCCUCCAGCUACUAACAAUGCAAUUUUAAACAAAAGCAAAAAACACUAGCGAACUGGACCUUGCAGGGACCUCUCAACCGAUGGGGAAAAGUGGGAAGCGGGUGAUGUCAUCACUGUGAGACAGUAAUAUGUGGCACAAAUAGUAAGGAGGCCUUCCUGUUCCCUCUGGUACAUGGAUACUUCAGAGGUCAUGCUGUUGUUUUGCUGAACUGUAAAGAAACGGAAGACAUGCUGGCAUACGUGUGGCCCUUACUUGAACCAUAGGCCUGUUCUAUGUGUUGUGUCUGUGUGUGUAUAUGUAUGUGUUCACGCGUGUGUGUGUGUGUGUGUGUGUGUGUGUGU